AAUAAAAAGUGUGAUGGCCGUGAAUGCAGCUGCAGGAAACAACAUGUCCGACAGGCGCGCAGGUUGUUAAGAAAGAAAGACGAAGCAGACAGCCUGACAGUCUGCACCGAGGGAACAGCUACAGCCUGAAUCCACGUUUCCUGGUCUGCAAGAAUUUUGGACUCCAGGUCCUCUUGUGUUGAAAUCCCCAGAAGACAGAAGCAGCUCGGCUCCUGAAGUUUUACAUGAUGUCGGCUGGCAGCAACACAUUCGAAGACGUGAAAGCAGUCGUCUUAUCCGCUCAUGAUAGCGCUACAUCCAGACAGAAGGUCGACUUCUACAGCUCCUGGGCAGAGAACUAUGACAAGGAUGUGGCUGUUCUUGAAUACCGUGCACCGACUCUCGCAGCGAACAGCAUCUCCAAGCAUUUCAGCGGUGACCGGGAAAAAGCCGUCUUGUUGGAUGUGGCCUGUGGGACAGGACUAGUGGCCAAGCAGUUGAAGACACAUGGAUUUGGACGAUUUGUGGGUGUUGAUGGAAGCGAGGCGAUGCUGGAGUUGGCCAGAGGGAGUGGUUUGUACCAGGAGGUGAAGCAGUCACUGCUGGGCGAGGAGCCACUGCCUGUCCAGUGGGUGGAUUCAUUUGAUGUGGUUGUGAUCGUUGGAGCGCUGAGUGCUGGUCAGGUCCCCGUGGCUGCGGUCAGAGAUCUCUGCAAAGCCACUAAACCAGGGGGCUACGUUUGCAUGACGACCAGAAGCAACAUUGACAAUCUGGAAUACAAAGGCGCCCUGGACCGCCAGCUGAAGCAGAUGGAAGAAGAGGGCCUGUGGAUUUGUGUGGAGGUGACUGAGCUGAAAGACUGGGAGAGGUCUGUGUCCAAGAAGGAGGAGGGCUACAUAUCUGGUGUUGUGUACCUCUAUAAGAAAAUACACAAACACAGUGCCCAGAAAGCAUGACUUCUUAACAGCCAAGUACAAAAUUAAAUUACUCAAAAAGAUACUCAAUAUUCCAAUAAUGAAAUAAUGAAUUUCACCAAAAAAAAGUGUUGCAAUAUUCUUUUUCAGACCCAAAGCUGAGAAUGGGAAACUUCAUGAUUAUUAUCUUUUAAACAUAUUUUUCAUCCGGAUUUCCCAUAAUGUAGCACAUUCCUGCACCACCAGCUCAAACUCUCUAUGAGAGAGGUCGACAGGACACUAAAGAUUUUGUAGCUGGCCUGGUUCAGAAUCUUACUGAGCAAGGCGAUUCAGAAAUGACCUCCGUAUAUCAGAAACGUUAUUAAGAUUGUCCGUCAUGUGUAAUAUACCAGUGAGCUCAAUUAACUAGGUCUUAAACCGAGGCUCAGUAUCUGACUCCAGCCUUAAAAUUACCUCCUUUGUCUUAUUACCAUAAUAGUUCUUUGCACGUAGACACUGCGGUUUAAUAAUAACGAGAAUGGCCAGAUAUCAAACGUGCAGCCAAACAUCUCAGAGAACGAGUAUGUUGCACCAGAAACAAGCCUCCUGUAGAUUUGUCUCAAUUUCAUGUUUAACAAUAUCCAUGUUACCUGAAUGAGCUUGUUGCAGUGAAACUGGUGUUUGUAGAUAUGCAGAGAAGUCUUACUAAUGGAAAUCAAUUGCUUGGACUUGUGUAAUAAAUGAAAAUGUAAUUUA